AUGAUGAAGUUCCUCUUAAUUCUGCUCUCAUUUUCUGUCUGCACCUACGCCAAAACCGUACAGAUUCGAUUAAGGGAAAAUGUGACUCAAACUUGUCCCAAUGGUUGGUUUUAAAUUUUUUUUUCGAUAAAAAGUUGAUAUUGAAGUUGACUCGGACCUCAUUGAUGAAUCGUCUCUGAAAAUUUCUAUGAAAAUGUUGCCUCGUGAAGGUUCAGACGACGAUGACUCUAAAGAUGAGGUAAGUCAUAGUGAUUCUCAUAAAGUAUCUGGGGUAUAUGCUAUUACGUUUUUUCAAAUUCUGGCCAGACAUCUUAGGAGCACCAGAGCGGUCCCUAUAAGAGUUAGUGGACAAAAACAGUUCCGGCAGCGGUAAAAUUUAGAUGACCCCAUAAGCGUUUAGGAUCUGAUUCCUAAACCCCUAAAUCUCAAGGGUUCUCUAUAGGGGACUGAGUAGAACUUUUAUAGGGGUCACUUGCAAGCUCUAGUGGCUCCUACAAGAGGAGGCUAAGUGGUCCCUAGAGGGGCAAAAUUCAAGCUCUGGAGUUCCUAAAUUCUUCGCUUUUUAAAGUACACCUUCUGAACAUCCUAGAAGACUUUUUAGAGAAAAAAAAAACCUUAUUUACACCAAAUUUUCGGUCUUCAUCACUGACAUCAAUGGCAAAACGGAGAAGAUCACUUUUCCGGGGUGCUAUCGUGUAAAAAUGAGCUUCCGAAUGAAGCGGACCAUCCACAAUCCGUGAGUCUUCCGAUUUUUCGAAAAUUCAAAGCUUCUCUUUCUAGUUACAUCGAGGCCUUCAUGCAGUUGGGUCAGAACAUGCCAUGCCGUGGAGAAGGCAACAGUCUGACCGGAAUCGACAGCAUUUGCACCAAUAUCACAACUGGAAACUGGUGCCCGAAAAGUCAUAACUCUCAACUUCGCGACAUGCUCAUCGGGAAACAGACCUGGUAAGCUUUGAUUUCAACUCUUUUUCUAUGUUCUAUUCGUAGAAAACGUUAGGUUUACCGCCAAAAAAAAUUUUUAAAUUCACUUUUUGAAGCCUCUCUAAAGAACAUUAUUUUGAAAUUUUGAAACAACUACCGCCCAAUUCUGGUCUUAACCCUUAUACCUAAAGAUUCUCUAAGUUCUGAGUUGGCAGAAAACAUUUUUUUUUUUUCAAAUAAUUGCGAAAAACUUUAAUGGAAUAAAUUGCAGCCAGUUCUGUCACCUUUGCGACAGCCUAACCAAAGACUCGAGCGACGUGCGAAAAAUCAAAAAAUUCGUUAGCAACGACGGUCCUGAAGAGUGCUCCACUGAACAAGAUCUCCACACCUACUCUUUCAAGGUUUUUUCAAGCUUCUUUUUUAUUAAAGAUCUAUUGAGUCACCACCAACCCACUAGUGAGUCCAAUUUCCCCCAAUUAAAUGGUAAAAGAAAAAAAUUCUAUAUUUCCCUCAGAUGUGCACUCCGACGCGCGACGAGCUCAACGAGGAUGGCGAAAAUCGGGACAAGCUCGAGGAAUAUUGGCAGUAUCUUAAGCAGGUCCAACAGAACGUGAUUUAUCCGUUUCUGCAAUUCCCCCGAAACUAACAGAUUGAAUGAGAACACCAAAGUCGACUUUCAGGGAAUCAUGACUACCGUAAUCCACGUGAUGGACCGACAGCCACUGCCGCAGUCGCGCUCCACACAAUGUCAGAGAAUGUGCGACACUCUUUCCGACGAACAAGGCGUCAGCGACACUUACAGGGUACCGCAACCCAUUAAACCACUCUUUGUGAUCCCUCGAGUUCCAGCAAACCCUGCGGCGGUCAAUCGAGAACAUGUGCGCCCCAGUGGACGCCUACGCCGCCUGUCUCUACCACACAGUCAAGUUCGACCUCAACUCCGACCUUUGA